GAAAAAGAUAUUCAGCCUUUUAAAACAUUCAUUAUGCAUUACGCAUGUAUAUCAAAAUCUUUUAAUUAAAAAAGGACUCUGAGUCAAAUAAGAUUGGUUGAACGAGACUACACAGACUGGAAAGUUCGGAUUGCAGACGAAAGAACUUCUUCUCACAUUAACCCUGUUUUUAUUUUGGUUCGCAUUAUUUAGACGUUUUACAGCAGUGGAAUGUUUGGGGUACUAGUUUCCGGAAGAUUGGUGCAAACAGAUUGUCAACAGGUUGGAGAAACACAAUUUCUGUUUAAUAUACCAGAUGCUGACAAUAUCAAUCAUAUUGUGGUAUUUAUGACAGGACAGACACCAUUUCCUACAGAUUUAGGCGGAGCUGUUUAUUUCUCAUGGCCAAAUCCUAGUGGAACAUCUUGGAUAUUAUUGGGACACAUUACAAACAAUAAACCAAGUGCCAUAUUCAAGAUAACCAAAUUAAAAGAAUCAAGUAAUGAUGUUGCGCAUCCGUUUAGUUCAUUGUCAGUAGGACCAACUCAUGUGGCGCAAAUAGGAAUAUCUAUAGAACCUAUUGUACAGCUUGCCCAGCAAACACCAGAAUCUAUAUCCACUCCUUUAAGUGUAAAGUCUUUCUCAGAGUUUGCACCAAAGAUGUUAGAAAACUUUUAUAACUUUGCAUCGUCCUUUGCUAUUCAGCAAUCUCAAAUGACACCAAAUCCAACUGAAACAUAUGUGCCUCUAAGUACUUUACAAAAGUGGUUCGAAACUUUCCAACGAAGACUAGAAAAAAAUCCAGAUUUUUGGAAACAGUGAAAUUCAUCAGUCCACAAUAUGGAAGUAGAAUUUGAAAGGACAACAUUAGAAAUAUUUUUAAUUUCAUAACAUUUUCUGAUAUCACUCGGAAUCUUAACACAAAGCCAACUUUACUUUUUAGCUCAGAUUAAGGAUUGAUAUGCACAAAUAAGCCUAGUCCGGCAGCAGGUCGACAAGCCUGGAAAUAUCUUCCACCUAAUGUUUUUUGAUGGAUUAUAUAUCUUCGAAUAGUGUACAUAUUUUGAUGGAUUAUAUAUCUUCGAUAUGUGUAGAUUCAGAAUCUAGAUGAUGCCGCCCUGUCACCCUUGGGGACACAUAAGGCAUUUUCUGGUUAUUUAAUUGGGUAAAAUCCAGACAAAUUCUCUCAUACCUAGGUCGGAAGGUCGUUUCUAUAAGAAUUCGACCCGCUGAAUCCAGUGUGCAUGGGUAUCCCUCCCAAAUGUGACUGCCAAUUCUGCCAGCGGAUGAAAUUCAAAAUGGGGCUCAUAGUCCCCUAUAUAGUUGUGUUAUAUCCUGAAAUACAAUCUGAUUGAAACACAGAUCCUAUUUCGUUUCCUUUUUUAUAGUUCAAAAUUUUGUUUACUUGUCUUUACUACACUAGGAUCUGGAAGAGUUGUUAUAUAACCCACGUUCUGGAUGAAGUGAGGGAUGAAAUGGUCUGUUACGUGGAGUCUUUGGCGUGAGUUGCACGGAACUGUGGGUAACCCACUACAAACAUCCACGCUGAUUGCAUCUGAAGCGAUCUCCCUCUACAACUGGUCAGAUCUUCGUGUAGUAGAGGCCAUAGAAAGUAUAAAAAAAAACAAACGAAAUAUAGAUCUGUAUUUUUAUCAGAUAGAUUGAAAUAUUGGUUUUUGGGGUCUCCUAAUUCAGAAAUUAACAUAAAAGAUGUUUCGACCAAACGGGAUGCCAAUGUGACCGGUAUGUUCAAAAUGCCAUCCACAUUUGGCGAGACAUUUCAAUCCUAGUAAUGUGAUCGUGUAAUAUGUUAAACUGUAGGUUUUCGGGGUCGCAGAAUCCAUAUCUAAACAGCUAAAUGUGCUAUGAUAGAACGGAAUGCCAAUAUGGUUCUCAAAAUCGACAUAAUAGCUACAGUUAGGAGACGAUGGAAGAAAACCAAAGUGUAAAAACUUUGGUAUCAAGGAUUAAGAGCAAGUAAUGAGCGUUAACAAGAGGGUCAGGAACUAAUAGAACACAAAUUCACAGCCAAACACUAUCAAUCAUCGGACAAUUAUGAUUUGAAAGCAGAUGUUUCCAAAAGCUAACUGGUGCUCACAUAUUUGUCUUACUCAACCUCACAUUAUGUCUUACUCAUACUUACUUAAAUCACUGGAAUACUCACAAUCAGUACAGCUGUCCGAUUCUGUAUCCUUCAACAGGGAUGAAUGUUAUGUUGUCUUGCAAUUGUUAGGUCACUUGUAUGCACAGACAAAACAGGGGUUUUCUUAAUUCAUCUGUUUUCUAGUGGAGAAGGUGGUGCAGACAGGUUUCAUAGUGGGUCAUAAUGUAUGCUUGAUAAUUCACUCUCCAUAGCUUCUUGUCGUAUGACCCUGUAUCGUGUGGUAAACUUUGAAAUCUCUUACGUAUCAUAUAGAAGCUCAUAUAGAAGCUCGGGGAAAGUACCAAUGUAUGUAUCAAUCUUUGAGUUAUUGUACACACAACUCGCUGUAUAUUACAUCAUUUUAUUCCCUUGCUCGUUGUCAAAUGGUACUUUUCAUACAUCUUGACUUCACUGUUGAGCCUUGUAUAGCUUUUUGAGAGCAGCCAAAUACCCAGAAUUAGCAUCUGCCCCAGAAUAAAUGUGUAGUUUGACUAUUAAAUUGGAUGUAAGCAACAGUUACUUUUGCUUUCAACUCACUACAGCCCGAUGGUUGAUUGUGUUUGGUUGUAAAGAAUUUGUGUUCUUAUAAGAAGAUUAGGAGCAGGGUGUCCUCGGGGUAGUUGUUUUUAUUAGGGCUUAUUCUGCCGUGUCCUUAGUUCGUUGAUAUAGAAGGGUUUACAUGACUAUUUUCUUCCAUGGUUUCUUAGUUAGAUUUUAUGUUGAAUUUGAGAACUACAUGUAUAUUGGUGUUUAGUUUGGUCAAAGCAUAUUCUUGAUUUAGGAAUUAAAAUGUCGGUCAACUAGCUUAAUGUCUGUUUUCAAGUGAAGCUAAUUAUAGACAGCGUAAGGUUAGCAUGGCUGGUUAUCCUGAAAUUACAGAUGUUUUUAUAAAGGCAUGUAUAGUGCAGAUUGUGUUGUGUUGAGAUUGAGAGUGAAGUUGUCUUAAGAGAUGGACACACUAGCCGAAUCAUUUGGCCAAAUCAAUCGUUGCUGAAAUUCGCUUAGUGUGUCCAAUUUCUAUUCGCCUGAAUCAAACAUGUUUGAUUUAUUUGGUCAAAUUUUUAUUCUCUGUGUUUAUAUUUGCCUUGUGUGUCCGCUUUGCUGAAGCAAUCGCUCGAUUAUAGAAUUCAUUAGGCAAUCACCACUGAUGUUGAGAAGUCAUAUGAUUGUUUGAAGACAUGGACGUUGUCAUGUUUAAUCUUGUGAUGUGAAAGGUGAUGCAAUCGAUUGGUGAAUCGGGAUGAAGAAUUUUCCUAGUGUGUCCACUUAUUCGGACGCAAUUUGGAGCAAAUUAAUUCGGUUAGUGUGUCUGCCGCUAUAGGCAGUAGCAGUUUGGGUUUUUUUUUAUGUUUCUUGAAACUUUAAUCCAUUUUUUAAAAUUUCUUUUUAAUUACUAAACUAAUUUUUUGUAUAUGGCUUGUUGUAUAUGGCUUUGCCCAAAUGGUCAAAAUAAGUUUUCUUCAGUACAUUCUCAUACUUUUCUACAUUUAUGACCUUAUUUUUGAUAAAUCAACAUACAGACCUCAAAUUAUAUAAAACAUCAAAAUGAACAUUUCCAAUGCCAAACCACAAUUUGUUAAAGAUGCAUUACAGGUAAGAGCUAAAUCUGCCUAUUGCAUGUCUUUAAAUGUUUAUAUACUAUUUUGUCAUUUAUUCACAUGACAAGCCCAUAAUCAACUUUCUAGAUCAUCACAUUGAAAUAUUAGGUAAAUUAGACAACAUCUGCCCUAUUGUUUAACUUAACGUUAAAGUGGAUAAUCAAGACUUUGUUUAUUAUCGUAACAAAGGUAGGCCUAUUUGACAAUUGAGAAUAAAGUAGUUAACUGAAAUUUUCAAUAUAUUCAUUUUUAAUUAUCUAUUUUUGAACUAUUAUAGCAAGAAUGGUCAGCUCUUUAUCUUCAAUAUUCUACUCCAUUAUUUUUAUAUAGUAUUUAUAUAUAGUCUAAGUGUUUGUGCUGUUAUGCUUUCGCAAAAUUAUCUAUUUGCUGAAAUGAAAUGAAAUGAAAUGGGGUUUAACGUCCUACUGUUCUGCUCCUAUAUUUGCUGAAAUAGAGAAAAAGUCUGAACAGAUGAAUCUGGGAUCGAUGCUAAUGUUAAUCCUUUUAUUUUGUACGAGUAACUCGUAUCUCUAUAAAUGCAUAUUUUUAUUUUAUUUAUCAAGACUAUGAGAUAAAUGGUAUUGUUUAUAGCAUGUACAUAAACAUUUAAAUACAAUGUUUAUUUUAAUUUUUAAUGCUUCAUUGUAAACAGAUUUCUUCUGGAAUUAUUUAUGAUCUCCAUGUUUACUAGUCUAUCUUUCAUAAUUAAAAAUUGACAUUAUUUACAUAAACAAGAAAGAUGGAUUGUCAUAUUGAUUUGAUGUGAGAUAAUAAAUACAUAAAUUAACAUA